AUGGGGAAACUCGACAAUGAAAGCACCCCUGAGGCAGUGCCGCUAACUCGACGACGAUCGACCUCACUAGAAUCACACGCAACCUCCGAUUCGGGACUGUCGGUCGCUUCAGCCUCAUUCAUGGAAGCACACAAGGAAGAGCUGUUGGCCGCGGCUGACAGGGAGGGGAACGACGAAGACCGAUACCGCGAUAUCGAAGAUGGCGCUGAACCCGGAUCCGACGAACCAUUUCUAUCUCGCAGCAAGAAACAGACCCCAUCGAGCAAUCGUAUGCGCCGGGUUCUCUGGCUGCUCGGCUUCCUCUGCGUCGGUGGCUGGGUACUCGCAUUCGUGCUAUUCCUCGCUCAAAAACGACCCACUGCCUCCGCACUCUCGUCUGUAUCUACGGUCAGCAUUCACGAUCCGGACUCGGCAACAGGUGGCACGAGCUACGGAAGCCCGGUGACUCUGGAGCAGGUGUUGACGGGACAAUGGGCCGCGCAGUCACAUGCUAUCUCGUGGAUUGCCGGACCAAAGGGUGAGGAUGGCCUUCUGGUUGAGCGCGGCGAAAGCGGAGAUGGAUAUCUACGUGUGGAGGACAUUCGCAGUCGCAAGGAUGGCGUCGACGGCCUCGAUACCAAGGUGCUGAUGAAGAAGUCUCACUUCACGGUGGACAAUGACUUUGUUACCCCGGGAAAGACAUGGCCAAGCCCAAAUAUGGAGAAAGUUUUGGUCGCAUCUUCGCUCAAGUCGAACUGGCGACACUCAUACUAUGGGAAAUACUGGAUCUUUGAUGUUGCGACUCAAACGGCCGAGCCGUUGGAUCCGAGUAACUUGAGCGACCGAGUGCAGCUGGCUGCCUGGUCGCCCCAAUCUGAUGCCAUUGUUUUUGUUCGGGAUAACAAUGUCUACCUGCGCAAGCUGUCAACUUAUCAAGUGACUCCGAUCACGAAGGAUGGUGACAAGGAUCUUUUCUAUGGUGUUCCUGACUGGGUGUACGAGGAAGAGGUCUUCUCGGGCAAUUCUGGGACUUGGUGGGCGCGUGAUGGCAAGUUCCUUGCUUUCUUGCGGACCGAGGAGGCUAAAGUUCCUGAAUAUCCUGUUCAAUAUUAUCUUUCUCGCCCCUCGGGUAAAAAGCCCCUACCUGGACUCGAAAACUACCCGGAAACUCGCCAGAUCAAGUAUCCCAAGGCCGGUAGCCCGAACCCCGUGGUUCGUUUGGAGUUUUAUGAUGUGGAACAGGAUGAGGUCUUUUCUGUCGACAUGCCGGAAGAUUUCCAGGACAACGAUCGUAUCAUCAUCGAAGUUGUUUGGGCCUCCGAGGGCAAGUUGCUUGUCCGAGAGACCAACCGCGAAAGUGACAUUUUGAAGAUUUUCUUGGUCGAUACGAAAGCCCGGACCGGAAAGAUUGUUCGUUCGCAAGAUGUUGCCGGGCUCGAUGGUGGCUGGGUCGAGCCCUCGCAGUCCACACGGUUUAUCCCUGCUGAUCCUGCAAAUGGCCGGCCGCAAGACGGCUACAUUGAUACUGUGAUCUAUGAAGGCUAUGAUCAUCUAGCAUACUUCUCACCUCUCGAUAGCUCUGAACCUGUCAUGCUCACUAAGGGAGACUGGGAGGUGGUGGCGGCACCCUCCGCCGUUGACUUGGAGAGGAAUCUGGUAUUCUUUAUCGCGACAAAGGAGGCACCAACCCAGCGGCAUGUGUACUACGUGAAGCUGGAUGGAUCUGAUCUUCGUCCGCUGACCGAUACAUCCAAAGCCGGAUACUUUGAGAUCUCAUUCUCGGAGGGCUCUGGAUACGCGCUCCUCAGCUCCAAGGGACCAGCAGUCCCGUGGCAGGCCAUAAUUAACACACUGGGGGAGAAACUUGAAUACGAGGUUGUGAUUGAGCAGAAUACCCGGCUUACCCAGAUGGUUGAAGACUACGCUCUCCCCGCGGAAAUUUAUACCAACGUAACCAUCGAUGGUUAUACCCUCCAAGUCGUCGAACGCCGGCCCCCGCACUUCAAUCCGGCCAAGAAGUACCCUGUGCUUUUCUACAUGUACGCUGGCCCCGGUUCUCAAACCGUGGAUCGCAAAUUUACUGUGGAUUUCCAAUCCUACAUCGCGUCUAGCUUGGGUUACAUUGUUGUUACUGUGGAUGGCCGAGGAACAGGAUACACUGGCCGCAAGUCGCGAUGUAUCGUCCGCGGCAACCUUGGUCAUUAUGAAGCUCACGAUCAGAUCGAAGCUGCUAAGCUUUACGCAGCUAAGGACUACGUGGAUGAAACGCGCAUGGCAAUCUGGGGUUGGAGUUUCGGCGGUUUCAUGACCCUCAAGGUUCUUGAGCUCGAUGCAGGCCAGACUUUCCAGUACGGCAUGGCCGUGGCACCUGUGACCGACUGGAGGUUUUAUGACUCGAUCUACACUGAGCGUUACAUGCACACACCUCAACAUAACCCGUCAGGCUACGAAAACGCAACCAUCACGGACGUCAAGUCCAUGGGUGAAAAUGUCCGAUUCUUGAUCAUGCAUGGCAACUCAGACGACAACGUCCAUCUUCAGAAUACCCUCAACCUCCUCGACAAGCUGGACUUGGCGAGCAUUGACAAUUUUGACAUGCAAAUUUUCCCCGAUUCAGACCAUAGCAUUAUCUUCCACAAUGGACAUACCAUGGUCUAUGAACGUCUUUCUAGCUGGCUAAUUAAUGCGUUCAAUGGUGAGUGGCAUCGCAUCGCGAACCCGAAACCGCAAGAGGAUUCGGCGUGGAAUAAAGCUAAGCGCUCGCUGUCGCUUGCUUUUCUUGCAUGA